GGCGGAAGGACUCUUUGGACCGUGAGCUCCUGGUUCUCACCUAUAAGAUCUCUCAGCCCCCUGACCCCCGUACACCCCGGGACUGCAGCAUGGAGGCCGGGCUGCUGUGGUUCUGCAACUGGAGCACACUGGCCGUGUGCGCCGCACUCAAGCUGCCGCAGAUCUACGCGCAGCUGGCGGCGCGCAGCGCGCGGGGCAUCAGCCUCCCUAGUUUACUUUUGGAGCUGGCGGGGUUCCUGGUCUUCUUUCGCUACCAAUGUUACUAUGGGAACCCGCUGCUCACGUACCUGGAAUACCCCAUUCUCAUUGCACAAGACAUCCUCCUCCUGUUAUUCGUCUUUCACUUCAAUGGGAACGUGAAGCAGGCCUUGCCCUACGCCGCUGUAUUUGUGUCUUCUUGGUUCGUCCUCAGCCUGCAGAAAUGGAUCAUCGACCUGGCCAUGAACUUGUGCACAGUCAUCAGUGCAGCCAGUAAGUUCGCCCAGCUCCAGUACCUGUGGAAGCUAAAGGACUCGGAAGCCGUGAGCGCACUGACCUGGGGCCUGUCUGCCUACACCUGUGCAACAAGGAUAAUAACAACUCUAAUGACCACCAAUGAUCUGACAAUUCUUACCCGUUUUGUGAUCAUGCUGGCUUUAAAUAUAUGGGUAACAGCAACAGUCCUGCACUACCGGAAGCCUGCCACCAAAGCGGAAUGACGGAUGUAUUCUUUCUACACACUGAACUUCAAAUGACGGAACCAGGGGAUGCACCACUGCUUCCCAUUGCUACAUUUAAAGUCUUUUCCUAGUCAAUCAUUUCAGAAACUGCAGAUCAGGUUCGUUAGACUUGAAAAGCCUCUUAGCUGCAUAUGGAGGUGCAAACCUACAACUCCAGCACUUGGGAGUCUGAGGUAGCCUGGGCUACACAGCGGACUCAGAGAAGGAAAAAGCCACUUGUUUAAAAUUGCCCACUUCCUUCCCCCACUCCCAUAGGUUGUGGUAGGGCCUUAUACA